GGGUUUGCGCGUGAGCAAUGCAGCCGGAUUGAUCGGAAUCGCCGGUCCUCCGGAGCGAUCCCAGAGUAAGGUGAGCUCUCUCUUUCGGUGCGAUCGGUCGCCGGAUUUAUUUCCAGUGACGAGGACGCGAGCGGCAGCAUGGAAGUGACGAUCCCAGCUCUUGACAGCUCCGAUGUGCGGCGCAAGAGCUCUUCCACGCGCCCGUGCACGCUUGUCAUCACUCACACGGGGCAAUGCGUGAAUCUGGUCGCGGAUUCUUCGAGUGGUCCUCCCGUAGAGACGGAAGAGGAAAUGUCUGUGACAAAGAACGCGUUCUUUGGGAAGCUGAGAGAGACGUUUGAGGAUCUAAAUCUUCGUGGACUUUUGUGGCUCAAUAGCCAGGGACAAGGCAAGAACAUCGACGCAGAGAAGGAUGUAUUGUCUAGAUUUCACAACUCUUAUCUUUACGGAGAUGUGCCUCUAAGUAUCAAGCUUAGGACCGCACUCAGGACUGGGACUUGGAGUCACGUCACGAUUUGGGUAGAGUUUUUCGCUGCUGUGAUUUCCGUGACUGCUUACGUACGGCAAACGUAUACGGAGGAGACACUAGGAUGGUCCCAGUUCUUCAGGCGGGUCUUCUCUUUGUAUUUUGCUGCCGACUAUGUUCUGAGGAUCUUUAGUGCUCCUGUUCGUCUCUAUUACAUAUUCUCUACUGCCGGAAUUAUCGAUUUGAUAAGCUCGCUGCCUAUAUUUUACAUCUGGAGCGUCGCAGAUAAUUACAGCGCAGUUCCGCAAAUGCUUCGGGUAAUACGUGCGCGAAGAAUACUACCUUACCUGCUUACUUUGGGACUAGUUGGUGGUACAAUUGCUCAGCAGAUAUUUCUUCUUAUAAUGUACACUCUAGGAACUGUUUUCAUAGCUGCUGGAAUAUUUCAGUGGGUUGAGUACAAGAAUACCCCAGCAGAUGUAAAAAGAGAAGCUAACUGUGACGAAGCAGGCUGCUUUACUUUCUAUCAAGCUUUUUAUUUUCUGAUUGUUACGAUAACGACGGUUGGAUACGGGGAUUUCAGUCCGAAGUCUAACUGGGGACGCUUUGUGGCAAUCACCGUGAUCUUGGCAGCAGUCCUGAUACUGCCCUUGCAAAUAAAUAAUAUUCUCCAGCUUGCGUCCCGCAGACCGUAUGGCGGAAAACUUGCGUUGCAAAAAGUUGUUGGGUCGCGGUUUAUAAUAUUGAGUGGCAAUGUUUCAUUUAAUACUGUAGAACAUUUUCUCUCUGGCUUUUACCAUCCGUGCCAUGACAAAGGUCUUUCUGCUCUUCAAGGUUGCUUACGGCAUCCAUCCUCUUUCGUGAUUGCAGAUAUGACGGCGUUUCCUAUACGUGUUGUUAUUAUGGCACCUUUUAAGCCAUCGUUCGAGUUAAAAACGCUGCUUACGGUGUACAAAGACAACGUUGAGUUCAUUGAAGGUGUUCCCACGAAAGAAACUGAUCUGGUUCGCGCUGGAGCAAAGCUUGCGUCGGCUUUCUUUUUGUUGGCAGAUCAUUACGCCAAGGAUUUUGAUGCGGAAGACGCAGCUCAAAUGACGCGCUCGUUAUCUGUUCACCGUCACUGUGGUCCUAUGGCUCGAGUGAUUGUUGAACUAUUAAAACCAGAGAACUGUAAAAGUGCGCUUUGGGACGAGUUUGAAUCGGGUAUUGAGGUGCUUUGUCCCGAAGCAAUACGUUUUAAGUUGCUUGCAAGAAGCUGCCAUAUCCAAGGGUUUUCGACGUUCAUCAUCAACCUGUUUCGGUCAGGCUUAUUUAUCAGAAGUCCCAAAGAGGAGCAUUGGAUGGUGCAGUACUAUCGAGGCCUUAAGCAUGAAGUCUUCCCGGUCAUAUUACCACCGUGUCUUCAUCGUCAGGAGCUAAUGUUUGAAGAGGUGGUGGAAGUGAUGUACCUCAAGUAUAGAGUGAUUCUUUUUGGGCUGGAUGUACAGAUUGGUGACGGGUCCCGAACAGUGGUGCUGUAUCCACGGGGGCGCCUCUUGGAUCCCUGUGACGUGGGGCUUGUGAUUGCCAGCGAUCUUGCAGCAGCGGAGCAAGUUUCUAAGUUUGGGUUACCCGUUCACCAAGCUUGUCCGUAUCUUGACUUCUCUCAAGACUUGAAGAUCGCCAUGGACGACAUGGUGUUGCAGCAAGUGAAAAACAGGUGGAAGGAGUUUCGCCGUAACGAAGAGAAGUGGAAGAGCACGAAUAACACGUUUGGUAGCUUGAGGGAAGGUCUCAAGAAGAAUUUGGCAGCAUGGUCUUCGAGGAAAACAACGGUUACUAGUCUCGAAGAUGCUAUCGAGGCAGCAACAAGGUGGCCACCUCUCAAGCUGGAUAAGCCCGAUCCUCCGGUGCUAGCAAGGAGGGCUCAAAUCAUCCAGGCGCACUUGCAGAGCAACACGAUGAAUGUCGUGAGGCUACCUUCUCCACACAUUCUUGUUUGCAUCGAAGGAAUGUGGCCCGUCAACCUCUUCUACUUUGUUUCCAACUUGAGGAUAAACAACGUCAUCAACUUGCCGGUAGUUAUCCUUCAUCCGAACGAGCCGACCGCCGCACAAUGGGGAUGCGUUGGCCUUUUCUCAGACGUUUAUUUCGUCCAAGGAACGGCUCUCUACGAGCUCGAUCUUAUUCGCGCUGGUGUCCUUCAAGCAGAGCGAGUGGUCAUUCUGACGGAGACGCUCCAGGAGGAAUCUAUUCAGUCCGAUGACUCAGCCUCCAUGUCUCAGUCCAUCAACAUCGCCGACUUAAACAACGUCCGAAUUGCAGCGAACGUGGAGCGUUUAAUUAGCCCUGCAAGAGGUCGUGUUAUUGUCGAGCUGCAGCAAGAAAACCAGAUCCAGUUUCUGCGGCCCAAGUUCAACAUAGAUGCCCGUCUGUUUCACACUGGCAUGUACCACCGAGACCACACAGGAAGGUUCCAGUUUGCUCCUCCUUACAUCGAAGGGAAAGGCUUUAGUCCUGGAGCACUAACAUUUCUUAUAUACGCAACGUUUUUUAAUUCCACUGUGAUAUCUAUAGUGGAGCAACUGUCAUCUGGAUGUCCCAUGGACCAAUUGGACGAAGGGAGUGCUGAAAUCCGACACUUCGAACAAAUUGCUGUUCCUAGACACUACCAGGGACAAACUUUCUCGGACCUGUUCCUCGGUUUGCUAGAGCACGAAAGGAUGCUCGCGUUGGGACUGUACAGGCCUCUGGGGACGCAGGGAUCCGUCGUUUGCUACGUUUCCACCAAUCCUGAGCCGUCCUUGAGUUUGGUUGAAGGCGAUCUGGUCUAUGUCCUCAAGUGAUCGUGAUCUCAGCCGUCCGUAAGCUCGAAAGAAAUUCCUUCAUGGAACGUCAACUGGGGGCACCAACGGUUGAGAUGGUUUUGCCAUUCGUGAAGAAUGCGUCCU